AUGUCCACCAUCUCUCGCCUACCCGAGUCUACCAGCCGACUCCUGGGCCCUCCCGUGACGAUAGCAACACCUGUCGGUUUAGUCAAAGAACUCGUCGACAACGCUAUCGAUGCCCGGGCUACCUCGAUAGAAGUGAUACUCUCCGCUGACACCGUCCAGAAGAUCGAGGUUCGUGACAAUGGCUCUGGCAUCCAUCCCGAUGACCACGAUGCCCUGGGGAGACGUGGUCAUACUAGCAAGCUCAGGAGCUUCGAGGAAUUGAGGACCCGCUUCGGAAAUACACUCGGGUUCCGCGGUGAGGCAUUGGCCAGCGCCAAUUCCUUGGGCCAAGUUACCGUCACCACCAAAAUAGCCUCGGAGCCCGUUGCUGCCGUCCUUCAUAUUCGGCCAGGUACCGGCGGCGUAUCCGAGCAGAAGCCAACAUCGGCUCCAACUGGCACUACUGUGAGCGUCACAGACCUGUUCGGCCGACUACCAGUUCGGAAAAGGGUAGCUAUCAGGGAUUCUGCCAAAGCAGUAGAUCGUGUUCGGGAAGUUCUGCGUUCUUACACUAUGGCGAGGCCUCAACUCAAAUUCUCGUUGAAGGUCUUACAGGCGCCGCGACAGAGUUGGUCGUAUUCCCCCAAACUGAACGCCACAGCAAGAGAGGCAUCUGCUCAAUUGUUCGGUGUGGACCUUACAAAUAGUUGUAUCGAGAAGACUUUUCAAGCAGGUGUUCCAGUAGGGACAAGCCAGCCUAUUGCUGGACACCACGACUAUUCGCCAGAUGAUUGCUAUAUAUUCGACGCCUUGAUUCAGAAGCCGGGGUCAGACUCCGCAAAGGCUCCAGGGCGCAGAUAUAUCUCUAUCGACGGUCGUCCUAUCGACGCGAAACGGAACGUCUGCAAGAAGAUAUCGAGCAUAUAUAUCGAGCACAUAAGCCCUACUUUUCCGAACCCUUCCUCAGUAGCAGUGCCUAAAGGUGGUUUCAUCCGGCUUAAUAUCAAAUGUCCCUCAGCAAGUUAUGAUGCGAAUGUAGAACCUUCCAAAGACGACGUACUAUUCUCCGACGAAAACCUCGUACUAGACGGAUUCAAGAAACUAUGCGUGGCUAGCUAUGCAACACAUACUCUCUCGAGGCGUUCGGAUAUUAGACAUUUGACAUGUACUUAUUGCACAUUUAUCGAGAAACCAAGAAGAAAACCAAGUCCCCUUCUACGUUCGUCUAGGUGA